CUGGCGCGUCACGUGGGGGCUGGCGGGCCAAUGGCGCAGCGCUUCGUGUAGGAACGGCCGUUGGCUGCGGGGCCUGCGCGCUCGCCGCCGUUGGAAGGGAGCGGCGCGAGGCGCUGAGGGGUGGCGGACUCGGCGGCGGCAGCGGGCCGGGAACCACAAACAUGACAACUACACAAUCUGUCUUCACGUUUGCUCUCUGCAUUUUAAUGAUAACUGAAUUAAUACUGGCUACAGAGAGCUAUUAUGAUAUCUUAGGAGUUCCAAAAAAUGCAUCUGACCGCCAGAUCAAGAAGGCAUUUCACAAACUGGCUAUGAAAUACCACCCAGACAAAAAUAAGAGUCCUGGUGCAGAAGCAAAAUUUAGAGAAAUUGCUGAAGCAUAUGAAACACUAUCGGAUGAGAAUAAACGAAGAGAGUAUGAUCAGUUUGGCCGUCAUGGAGGACAGGGAAGUAAUGGAAGCCCUUUCCAUCAGUCAUUUAAUUUCAACUUUGAUGAUUUGUUCAAAGACUUUGACCUCUUUAGUCAAAACUCACGGUCAAAAAAGCACUUUGAGAGUCACUUCCGAGGUCAUCGGGAAGCUCACAGUCGGCAAAGACGUUCUUUCCAGGAAUUCUCCUUUGGAGGUGGACUGUUUGAUGACGUGUUUGAAAAUAUGGAAAAAAUGUUUUCUUUCAGUGACUUUGAAAACGCACACCGACAUGCAGUGCGAACUGAUAACAGGUUUCAUGGAUCUAGCAAGCACUGCAGGACUGUCACCCAGAGGCGAGGAAACAUGGUUACUACUUACACGGACUGUUCAGGACAAUAAUAUGUUUCCCUUCUGUUUUCAUCUCUUUUCUUCUUAAUUCAACAUCUUCAUAAUCUUUCCUGGUUUUGUGCUAAUACAGAGAAAUUUCUUUAAGCUGUCUAUUUUAAAAAACACUUAACCUUACUGCUAUUCAGAAAUUUUAGGUAAAACUAAUUCUUGAAAUGGAAACAAUCUGCAGUUGGGAAAUAAACGUCUCAAAAGCUACUUAGAUGGGAAAGGGAGAGAAGUGAUCUCAUGUGACAGAAGAUGAUAAAUAUAUAUAUAUAUAUAUAAUUUCAGUUUAGUAAACACUUUCUGUAAAUCUGAACUUCAACACAUGAUAUAUUUUUAAUUUUAGAAAUGUAAUAUAAACAUUUUCCCUCAUAUAUGCCAAAUCAGAACUGUUUGAGUUACUGGUUCAUGAAUUUCAGCAGAGGAGAGAGGAGGUGCUUUAUUCUGAAGUAUUGCCUUCCUCCCACAGCCCCGAAUGUGUUUUCAGAUUUUUCACUUGUAGUUUUCACCUGAUAUGGACCUGCUGUGACUUACCUUAAUUUGGACAAAAUGUAAGAGGAAAUGUGACUUAAAACUGUGGGUCUUAUUUGAAUAUUCUGAUAUUCUGCCCAGUGUUGUAAAAGUAUUAAAAAUAAAACCCUUAAAAAAAAAAAAAAUGGGUAGUAAUAAGAGGGAGUAUGUUCAGAUUGAGCUUCACCUAGAAAGUGAUGUAGGAGUAGCUUGUAUUUCCAGAUACCCUUACGUAGACCUCUAAAGGUCUUAGGAUAUGAAUAACACUUGAAUACUUUAGGGCUCUUCAUGGAUGCAAAUUUACAUGCACCCAAAGUCUUUCCUUUCUUCUUUUUAAUACGAAUUUCCUUUUAACAAAAUCUGAAAGAGCAUGCUGAAGAUGGUCUUGUUUUAUGCUUACUAUUUUACCACAUGUGAAAUGUGUUUUCCAUAGCUCAGUUUAUUGAACUUAAAUACUUCUCAGCGCUCUGAUAAACUUAAACAAGAUAAGCUUAGCUCCAGAUCCCUAGUGUUUAUGGAAGUUUCUAAAUAAGGAAUAAAUAUAUUGUGUUUAGAAUGACAAAUUUAUUACCUGUCAGCAGGAAUUUUUCAGCUUUGUAUUUUGAAAGGUAAGCUCUUAGCAUAAAUACAGAGUAAAAUUGAAAAUUACAAAUUACAAUUGUCAUAUUCAUCUAACUUCUUGUGGUGCUGGAAUUGUCUGAUAGAGACAAUACAAAUGCGUAACAAUUUCAGCACUGUGGAAAUACAUUAUUAGUAUAAACUACUUAAGAGGUGAAAAAAGCGAUACUUUAAUUGAUGACAACCCAAAAGAUCUGCUUUAUUUCUUAACUAGUAAUACGAGUCCAGUAUUUUAGGCAGGUUCCCUUUGAUAAGAUUGCUAUCACCCACAAACAGGGAUUUCCCUUCAGAAUUCAGAGGUAAAGAGUUUACCUUUCAAAUGGAUUGCAUGAGCAAAAUGAGCUGUCUUAAAACAGCAGUGUUUUCAAUAGACUUUGAUUUCUUAAAAUCUAUAUCAGAAAGAGAUUUAACACUUUACUUUUCAGACUGAUAUUGAAAGCUGCCUAUUUGCUAAGUAACUUUAACCUUCCCCACAAGGGUGUAUAUUAUUGCUUGUUCAGUUUUCAUUCACUAAAUACUUAAAAUGGAUUGUUGCAUUAUAUUAAGUGCUUUUCCUUUCCAUGUUCUCUAUUUAUUAAUAGACUAAUACCUCAUAUAUGGUCUUUAUAAAAAGCCAGUAAUUUGUGCAACAUUAUCGGAAUGUGCAAUAUUCUUAUAGUAGGAAAGGUGCCGGGGUGUGUGUAUGUUUCUAAUUUCCAUUUAUUUUCAGUGCAAGUAGAGACUUUAGUUUCUUCCGUGUAAUUAAUACAUGACUCAACUUAAAUGUGUAAUUAUGUAGAUUUCUGCAGUUUUUUUUCUUUAACAUGCUCCGUCAAUCCCAUGCACGAAUCAGUCCGUUUCGUACCACGUGGACAUCCAAGUGAACAAACUAUUAUCUUCCAGCUUUGAAUUACUUUAUUUUACAAAUACCAACGUGAUGUGUGGGAAUGUGUGUGUUUGUUUGUUUCUUUUUUGCUAAGAGAGAGGAGGCUUCCAUCUCCCUUUGAGGAAAAAAUUGUUCAGACUGAUAAGUAAAGACUUACUAUGGAAGGUUGUGGCCUCUAAAUAUAAGUGUAUCCGUGAAUCAUCUUUAGAGAUGAUAAGUGCUGGAACUUAAGUGCAAGGCAACCCUACAAACCAAGGUGAAAAGGUAAAAUAUUAAUGUCUUAGUCUAGGGAAUAUUCUAACUGUUAAAAAAAAAAAAAAAAAAAAAAAACUCAGAAACAACAGAAUUUGAGCUUUUUUAACUAUGGGGGAAGGAAGAUUUAAAGUCCAUACUAGAACCAAGCCAUUGAUCUUGCCUAAGGAUAGUUUUCUCUUGUUGUAACGUAGGUCUCUUCUGCAAGAGAAGUCUAUAUAAUGCUCAAUUAGAGGAGCAGAAGCUAAAAUGAGUUCUGAAGUUUGCACAAAACACAACCAUCCCCCAAAUUAAGUCGAUUUUUAGUGGAUGAAUGCGUGCAUUGCCUUUCAGGGUUAAUUUUAGGUGAAGAUCAGAGGUCCUUGGCUGCUUCUAGGUUAGCUUCUCUUUAAAAAAGCAAAACAAGUAUACUUUGUAUUAAUAAAGGUUUGGACAUCCUUGAAGUUAAAGUAUGAAACUAUUAAUAAAAUGAAAAGAUUGCUCUUUUGUAGCUAAUUGACUUUUAGCUGAAGGAAUACAGACUAACUAUUUGUUGUCAGCGGUGUUUUUUUUUAGUUCCGUCAGAGCACAAUCUUGCAAAGCAUGUUGUGCUUCUCAGUUACUCAAGAGCUCUUGCACAUUCUUUUCCUAUUUAUAGUGUGUGCUUCAUGACAGGCUCUUUGACGGAAGUCCUGAUACAACCUUAUGACACCCUUGACUUAAUCUCAAGUUUUUGAGUUGAAUCUUGUCAUCCUUGAUUUCCGUAUCUUGUGAAAAGACCCAACAGAAGCUAUUUUUGUUACUGGAAGGUGUGAAAAUACAAUUCUUUCUAAUUUCUUGAAAGAUACUUAUACAUACAUAACUCAAAUACUUGAGUUCCUAAAACUUCAUGAAAGAAGAAUGCUUUACUUACAUGUUUUUUUUUUUUCUGUUUUUCCUUCUGAAACACAGUUGGUAUCUGGUAGAGACAAAACUACUGUAAACUUAAUUAAGGUGCCAUUACAUUAAAUAUGUGAAAAUGUUCAUGUGUUGUUGUUAUUUUUUAAGAUGGUCUGUUCUAUAGACCAGCAUAUUUUCCCUUGAAGAGUCUGUGGGAUUAUUGAGAGGGGGAGGACAGGAGUGGAGUUGAAACAAAAUAAACAUGGGUAAUCAGUUGGAGUUUAGGGAUUAUGCGUACAAGCUAAGAAAUCUUAAAAAGCCUUUGCAAAAGGGCUUUACCGUAGAGGCAGUAGAUGCAACAGCUGAAAACCUCUGCCUUGGGAACUGCUGCAUUUCCCUUUGCUGCCUGUGCUUCAUCCACCCCUCUAAGGUGUGUAACAACAAUGUGACUAACAGUAAUUAGUCUGGAUUCCCACUGGGAAGUGCAGAUUCUGAAACCAAGGUUAGGAUGUUGGCAUGCUGAUCUGAGAGUUGACCUUAUGAUGGCUGUUAACUUCUUGUUCCUUCUAAGAAGGAGGAAAAUUUGAAAGUGUCAGGACUCAGUAUGUCUCUUCAUCACACUGUCUCAUUAGAACCUGCUUUCCUGGAACCUAAGCAAAUCUUCCAUCUUAACAAUGCAAAAACAAACUUUGUGUAUUAAAUGAGUUAGAGCUA